AAAUCAUCAUCUUCUUGGAUAAAACUCCACUUAACAACCAGAUUUUCAUGGCAUCUGAGAUGAAUUCCAAAACUCUGACAGUCAUAGAUGGACGUCGCUCUGCAAAUUACCAUCCCAACAUUUGGGAUGGCGAUCGCAUCCGAUCCCUGAAGAGCCAUUACAACGAUUCGCAAAGCAAUCGCCACGAGGAACUCAAACAAGCAGUUCAAAGAACGUUAGAUGUCACCUUGGAACCUCUGGAUAGGCUUAUUUUGAUCGAUGACAUCAAACGGCUCGGCGUGGCCUACCAGUUUGAGAAGCAGAUCAACGAUGCUUUGGAUGAUCUUUACUCACACAAUGCGGAGCUGGUGAACAAGAACGAUCUCCAUGCAGCAAGUCUCUAUUUUAGACUGAUCAGGCAACAUGGGUGCUACAUUUCAUCAGAUAUAUUCACCAAAUUCAAAGAAGGAGAAGGUGGUUUCAAGGCCAGCUUAUGUGAAGAUGUGGAUGGCCUUUUGAGCUUGUAUGAAGCUUCAUUUCUUGGGAUCAAAGGGGAAACUAUAUUAGAUGAAGCUAAGGCUUUCUCUACAUCAAACCUCAAGAAGCUGAUGGACCACGUCAAGGCACGUGACGCUGAAAGAAUAGCGCAUGCCUUAGAUCUUCCACUACAUUGGAGGGUGAUCAGGGUGGAAGCCAGACACUACAUAGAUGUGUACAAGGAGAAAGAGAAUGGGAGGAACGAUGAUUUGCUUGAAUUUGCAAAGUUGGAUUACAAUAUGGUCCAAUCCUUGCACCAAGAGGAACUCAAAGAGUUGUCAAUUUGGUGGGAUUCUAUGGACUUAGCAAGGAAGCUGGGAUUUUUCCGAGACAGACUGAUGGAGAGCUUCCUACUCUCAGUUGGAUUACUUGACGAGCCCAAAUACUCUGAAUGGAGGAAGGCGAUUACCAAAGCAAUAAACAUGAUUACCGUUAUUGACGAUAUUUAUGAUGUCUAUGGUUCGCUAGAUGAACUGGAACUCUUCACUGAUGCGGUUAAUGGAUGGGAUUUACGGUUAAUCGAUCAGCUACCAGAGUAUAUGAAGCUUGCCUACAUGGUUUUAAUUAACACUGCAAAUGAAAUGACAUAUAUCACCUUGAAAGAGACAGGAUGGAACGCCGUGGACUUUGUCAAGGAAAAGUGGGUAACGCUAUGCAACAAUUACAUCAUAGAGGCUCGAUGGUUUCAUAAAGGGCACAUACCAACAAUGGAGGAGUACUUGAAAAUUUCAACAAUUACUGCAGGGGCAACCAUUACAAUGGCCCAGGCAUACACUUUCACCGAACCACCCAAGAGCAAGGAUGAACUUGUUCAGAUAGAUCACACUCUAAAGCUCCUUUCAUUGUCAUCGUUGAUCUUUCGGCUCUGCGAUGAUUUGGGAACUUCCAAGGCAGAGCAACUACGUGGGGACGUACCAAAAUCAGUCGAAUGUUACAUGCAUGAAACCGGUGUUUCAGAAGAAGUUGCACAGGAACACAUCAAGGAUCUGAUGAGCAAUGCAUGGAAGGAAUUAAAUGAAGAGAGUUUUAAAGAUGCUCCUUUCGGAAGGACUUUCGCAAAUGUUAUUAUUUAUGGGGCUAGACUCGGUGUGUGUACCUAUCGACAUGGAGAUGGUUAUGGCAAUUACGCAACCAAUGAUCAAGUCAUGUCUCUAUUUGUUGAAGCAGUUCCAACAGAGCGCAGAAUCAAGUGCCACGUCAAUUUGGUUUAGGGUGUGUUUGGUUGCACCAAAUUUUAUGAAUUUCAUGAAAUUUUAUAAUUAAUAAAUCUAUGAUAUUUGGUGCAACCAAAAGCACCUUUAAAAAAUGGAAUUGUACAUGGGGAUUUCAUAUAUGUAAUUCAAAGCAUGACCUAUAACUCUUAGGCCAAGUGGGAAUGGCACGUCUAUUAGAAUGGAAAGGAAAAAUAAGGAUUUAGAAAAUAAAGGAAAUUUUGAUUUUGUCUUGUAUUAAUCCCAUUUUAAUUUUGUUAGUUUAAUCACACAUUGGAGAUCUGAUGAGAAAUUUGAGAAUUUAUAUAAGAAUCAUUCACUUAA